UGAUGUUGCAUUUCCGGGGAAGAGACCUGUAUGUAAACAAUACAGAUUUUUCCCCUGUCAGCUCCUGCAUGCUGCUUUGUAUGGCUCUGCAUAGCACAGCCAUACAAAGCAUUGUGCUUACAGUGAAGCACACACACAGCCCCUAUAGUGAAACAGCCCGCAGUUAACCCUUUGAUCGCUCCAGAUGUUAACCCCUUCCUGCCCAGUGCCAUUUGUACAGUGUCAGUGCUUUUUAUUAGCACUAAUCACUGUAUUGAUGUCACUGGGGAUGUCAGUGAAACCAAGUCAGUUCCCCCCAGUGUCAGAAUGCCCGCUGCAGUCCCAGUACAA